AUGCUGGUGCUGGUCACCAGCAGCUGGUGCGGCUCGCAGCGCCUGCGCCCACCGCGCUGGCGGCUGCUGGCUCCUCCAAGGCAGGCCGCGCAGGCCGCUCCCGACAUCCUUAGCGUACUCCAAAUGGCUGCUCGCGCCCCUCGCCAAGCCCAGGGCCAGGAGCCCGCCGCCAUCACGAUCAGCUCGCUGGGCGACGACCUGCUGGCCAAGUGCUUCUCCCCGCUGCAGCAGAAGGACCUGCUGUCCAGGGCGGCCCUGGUGUGGCGUCGCUGGUACGAGUGUGUUGAUGCUGCAUGGCCAGCAGCCGUCACCGCCACGAUCGGCUCGCUCAGCGACGACCUGCUGGCCCAGUGCUUCUCCCCGCUGGACCAGGCGGAUCUCGCCAUCUCCGCCGGCAGCCUGGAGCGCCUGAAGCUGUACCUAUACGGCUGCAGCUACACGCUUGGAAGCUGGACCGCCACAGCGCACCGCCUGCAAGAGCUGCACCUUGACACGUAUACCAUGACAGCUUGGAUCCCCCUUGACGGCCUGACCUCGUUGCAGCGUCUGCUUCUGGACGCCGAGGAGUGGCAGCUGGGCGCCGCCGUGGCCGCUCUCACCAACCUGCGCAGCCUUACGCUGGAUCGUGUAGCUUACAGGACAGGCAUGGCCAGCCUGACGCGGCUCAGCUCGCUCCAGCACGCAGCGUUUUGGUCAUGUGAGCUGCCAGACAGCCUAGCGGAGCUGACGGGACUGCAGGUACUGGACAUCUCCGAUCCCCGUGGCGAGGAUGCCGAUGUGGCUGCCAGCCUGGACGCCGCCCUGCCCCGUCUCACCCAGCUGACGGGGCUGUGGCUGCAGUUCCUUCCAGCAGCAGCAGUUGCGCCGGCAUCCCUAGCCGCCCUGAGCCGCCUGGACUGGCUCUACCUGCGCCCUGGGACACCGCGACAGCGGGAGGCUGCAGCCGAGGCUGCGCUGCCGCUGGGCCCCUGGCAGCGCAGUCUGCGGCACCUGGUGACAACAUUUCCGCUGGCGCAGCGCAGCCUGCCCUUCCUGAGCGGCGCAGAGCAGCUGCAGCGCAUCAGCUUCCUGGAGCCGCCUGAACUGCAGCCUGGGGCUGAGGAGCAGUGGCGCGCCUUUUGGCGCUGGGCGGAGAAGCAUGCGCCCCUGCGCAACGCCUCCAUCAUGCCACACCGGGUUUCCAUCGACUCCUUGGACAAUGACCUGCUUGAGAAAACGUUCGCCCGCAUCGAUGUUCUGCCGAGGAUCAAGGUGCUGCCGCUGGUGUGCCGCCGCUUCUACGCCGUGCUCCAGCGCCCCGGCGACUGCUGGCGGUGCGUGGGCUUCACGGCGCCGCGCGGCCUGGCCGCGGUGGGCGGCGUCGCCGACGGGCAGCGCCAGCGCCUGCUGCGCUUCCUGUCCUGGGCCCUGCCCCGCGCCCCAGGCAUUCACGACCUGCGCAUAGACUUCUUCCUCCACUUUUUCAACACCGACGACCAAGAGAUUGCGUGGCAGAGCAGCACGCGGGAGCUGCUGGGCGCUGCGGCGGGCAGCCUGCGCCACCUGGAGCUCAGAGCGCACGGGGACCUUGCCCUGGGAGCGGUGCUGCCGCGGGCGGCGCAGGCGCGUAUGACGGCGCUCACCGAGCUGCAGCUGCUGUCGGGGGAGAGCAUGUCAGGCGCGCGGCAGUCGAGCGGCCCGCGCAUCCAUCUGGCGGGGCUGACCGCGCUGCAGCGCCUCAACGUGGUGCUCGACUCGGCCUACCCAGAUGCCUUUGCUGAGUCGGCGGGCCCGCCCUCCAGCCUGCCCACCAGCCUGACAUGGCUGGGGCUGAACCCCGCCCCGCUGGACGCCGGCGCCGACUACUCCAACCGCAUCCCCGAGUGCGUGCUGGCGCUGCCAGGCCUGCUCUUCCUGGAUGUGUCGGAGAGCACCAACCUGGGGGGCCUGGAUGCCGCGCUGCCGCAGCUGACCACCCUGACGGGGCUGGCGCUGGACCACACCUGCCUGGACCAGCUGCCGGCGGAGCUGUCGCUGCUGCGCCGCCUGCGCCUGCUGUCGCUGCACGGCUGCCUGGACCCGGAGGCCUUCCAGCCCGCCGACUACUCGCCGCUGGGCCCGCUGAGCGAGCUGCACGUGCUGAGCCUGUCGGAGUGCAGCUGCCUGCCGGCGCUGCCGGGCGAGGUGGCGGGCCUCACGCAGCUCAAGGCCCUUCACCUGGAGAAGUCAAACCUGGAUGCCCUGCCAGACGGCCUGCACCUGCCGCACCUACUGAUGCUCAGGUGGCUCAUGCUGGGCAACAUGUACUGGCCGGAGGAGGAGGCGGGCGAGGUGCUAGGCGCCGCCCCCGCUACCGCGGCCGCCGCGGUGGCGCAGAGCCUGCAGCGCUGCCCGGCGCUGCGAUCCGUGACGCUGCUGAUGUAUCCGGCGGCGGCGAUCUCGCUGGGCACGGCGGAGCUGAUGCUGCGCCUGCCGCGCAGCUGCCCGCGGCUGCAGCUGCAGGCGCUGGACGCCGCCUCCUUCUUCCUCACCGACAGCGAGCAGAUGGCGGCCGUGGGGGAGGGAGGCGGCUGA